AUGAACGGAACUAGUGACAAUGAUCUGAAACGUAAAGUUGAUGACCUACGGGAUAAGAAUGAAAUUCUGGGGUUGGCUAUUCAAAGAUCUAGACAUGCUGUUAAGAGACUUAAGUUAGAAUAUGGUGUAUUAUUAGAGAGAUUAGAGAGUAGAAUCGAAUUGGACCCUUUAUUACGUUUUGAAAAUCCAUUACCUACAUUAGCUUCAUUCAAGAAAGAAUUGCUAGAAAAACCAAUGAAGAGGGCGAAAACAAAGAGACAAAAGGCCAAAGAAAGAGAUCCGAAUAUGCCUAAAAGACCAACGAAUGCUUAUUUAAUAUAUUGUGAAAUGAACAAAGAAAAGGUCAAAAGUUUAGGCUCAUCAGAUGUCACAAAGGACCUUACAGAAGGUUGGAAAGCGUUGGAUGAAGAAGGAAGGGCACCUUAUUACAAAUUAUAUAACGAAGAUAGAAAUCGUUAUAGACAAGAGAUGGAUAUUUAUAAUAACAGUAGAACCGAAAACGGUAAACCCAAGACUAAUAGUGAGGGCGAAGAAGAAGAUGAAGCGGAAGAUGAAGAAGAUGAAGAAGAUGAAGAAGAGGAUGAAGAUGAUGACGAUGAUGAAGGAGAAGAGGAAGAAGAGGAAGAAAAUGAUGAUGAUAAUGAUAAUGAAGAGGACGGUGAGGGAAAUGGUAAUGAUGCUCCAGAAGAGGUCGAAGAAGAAGAAGAAGAAGAAGAAGAAGAAGAAGAAGAAGAAGAAGAAGAAGAAAAAGAAGAAGAGGAAGAAGAGACUAAUGAGGAUGGUGGGGAUGAAACAAUGGAUUCACAUGACGAUAAGGAUUCCAAUGACAUCAAUGAUCAAAAUAGCGUUGUUAAGGACAAUGAUAAUAUUGAUCGUACACCUACUAAAAUGGGACUGAAUUUAGUUUUGUCAGCAACACCAUCCAGUGAAACCAAAAGUAUUAACAAAACUGAUAAUCAAUCAACUGAUGAAAAUGACACAGAUAUUGUCAAAUCAGAAAAAUCUACAACAGAGACGUAA